CUCAUUGUUCUCUUGCUUCUCUAGCUGCUUGCGCGCGGAAUUUGCGAUUGUUCUAGAAAGGCUGAAUCGAUUAGCGAAAAGUCUGGAAAAUUUGGAAAAGUGAAUAAUUUAACCUGGUGAAAUUGUGAUUUUUUACAAGUCAGAUUAAAACAGAAUUCAAGAUGCCAGAAGCCGAGGUAGAAACCUUUGCGUUCCAGGCUGAGAUCGCUCAGCUGAUGUCGCUGAUCAUCAAUACGUUCUACUCGAACAAGGAAAUCUUCCUGCGAGAGCUGAUCUCCAACUCGUCGGAUGCCCUGGACAAGAUCCGCUAUGAGUCGUUGACCGAUCCCUCAAAACUGGACAGCGGCAAGGAGUUGUUCAUCAAGAUCAUCCCGAACAAGGAAGCCGGCACAUUGACGAUCAUCGACACCGGUAUUGGUAUGACGAAAGCUGAUUUGGUUAACAAUCUCGGUACGAUUGCCAAGUCUGGAACGAAGGCUUUCAUGGAGGCAUUGCAAGCCGGUGCUGAUAUCAGUAUGAUUGGCCAGUUCGGUGUGGGUUUCUACUCCGCUUAUCUAAUCGCCGAUAAAGUCGUUGUGACAUCCAAGAGCAACGAUGACGAGCAGUAUGUUUGGGAAUCUUCGGCCGGAGGUUCUUUCACAGUUCGCACUGACACUGGAGAGCCAUUGGGACGUGGUACAAAGAUUGUUCUACACGUAAAGGAAGACCAGCUUGAAUAUUUGGAAGAGAGCAAGAUCAAAUCCAUCGUAAACAAGCACUCGCAGUUCAUUGGCUAUCCGAUCAAGUUGUUGGUCGAAAAGGAACGCGAGAAGGAAGUCAGCGACGACGAAGCCGAGGAGGAGAAAGAGGACAAGAAGGACGAGGACAAGAAAGACGACGAACCAAAGAUUGAGGACGUUGAGGAUGAUGAAGACAAGAAGGACAAGAAAAAGAAGACGGUCAAGGUCAAGUACACCGAGGACGAAGAACUGAAUAAGACAAAGCCGAUUUGGACUCGUAACGCUGAUGACAUCUCACAGGAAGAGUAUGGAGAGUUCUACAAAUCGCUGACUAACGACUGGGAAGAUCAUCUGGCUGUGAAGCACUUCUCCGUUGAAGGUCAACUGGACUUCCGUGCGCUUCUUUUCGUCCCCCGUCGUAUGCCGUUCGAUUUGUUCGAAAACAAAAAGAAGAAGAACAACAUUAAGCUGUACGUCCGUCGUGUCUUCAUUAUGGACAACUGCGAGGAACUGAUUCCGGACUACUUGAACUUCAUCAAGGGCGUCGUCGACUCAGAAGAUCUUCCGCUGAACAUCUCUCGUGAAAUGCUGCAGCAGAACAAGAUCCUGAAGGUUAUCCGCAAGAAUCUGGUCAAGAAAUGCAUGGAGCUGUUUGAAGAGCUAUCGGAAGACAAGGAGACCUACAAGAAGUUCUACGAUCAGUUCAGCAAAAAUCUCAAACUCGGAGUUCAUGAGGACAGUCAGAACCGCCAGAAGCUGGCUGAUUUACUGCGGUUCAACACAUCUGCUUCCGGUGAUGAGUAUUGUUCCUUGGCAGAUUACGUCGGCCGCAUGAAGGAAAACCAGAAGCACAUCUACUAUAUCACCGGCGAAAGUAUUGAACAGGUUAAAAACUCUGCUUUUGUAGAGCGUGUCAAGAAACGUGGCUUCGAAGUAAUCUACAUGACAGAGGCUAUUGAUGAGUACGUCAUCCAGCAGUUGAAGGAGUACCAGGGUAAGCAGUUGGUAUCGGUCACCAAGGAAGGCCUAGAACUGCCAGAGGAUGAAGCCGAAAAGAAGAAGCGUGAAGAGGACAAGGCGAAAUUCGAAAACUUGUGCAAGGUCAUGAAGUCGGUUUUGGACAGCAAAGUUGAGAAGGUCGUUGUUUCGAAUCGUCUGGUUGACUCGCCUUGCUGUAUCGUAACUUCACAGUACGGUUGGUCCGCCAACAUGGAGCGUAUCAUGAAGGCGCAGGCUCUCCGUGACUCGUCCGCUAUGGGUUACAUGGCCGGCAAGAAGCACAUGGAAAUCAAUCCAGAUCACUCGAUCGUGGAAACGCUUCGGCAGCGCGCUGAGGCUGAUAAAAACGAUAAGGCCGUUAAGGAUUUGGUCAUCCUGCUCUUCGAGACGGCUCUGCUUUCGUCCGGUUUCUCGCUGGACGAACCUGGAGUGCACGCUUCUCGCAUUUACCGUAUGAUCAAGCUGGGACUGGGAAUCGAUGAGGAUGAAGUACCGACCGUAGAGGAUACGCCCGCUGCUGGUGCCGGCGGUGACGCUCCUCCACUGGUGGACGACACCGAGGAUGCUUCCCACAUGGAGGAGGUUGAUUAAACCAGUGCAGGUUCCGUGCAAAAGACUGCUACUUGUUUUGGCCUUUGCGCGCCGUGUUUUAACGGCGGUUGAUGUUCAGUGUAGAAAAAACGCUUUUAUAACUAAAAAAUUAUCUCAAGCCGGGGGCUUAUUUUCACCUAACAAAGACCGUACCUUUAAGUUUAGUUUGUAUUGUACUUGGGUUACACUUACACUUAUGUUCAGAACAUGGAAAUUUUCUACAAGCAGUACUGGAAAUAUAAAAAAAAAACAAGA